AUGGGAUCCUUGAAUCUCGAAUCCGAGCUGGGUAUCUGGGACCCCUGGGUCCUGGAGCUGGGGAUGGGUACCUUGGGCCGGCACCUCAGUCCUGAAUGUGAAUUGGAAGCCUGCAUGAUGCCUCGGUCCAGGGGGGAAGCUGAGGGCCUAGGAUCAGAGAUUGGGGGUUGUAUCCAAGGACCUUACGUGAAGCGGCUGCGCUUCCACUGGCUCCCACCAAAACCGGGCGCCUCUAUUUUCUCCAUUGCCAUUUGUCCGAAGCGGUGUCAGUCACCUUACACCCGCCCCUGCCGCUCAGCCAUUGGCUUAGAAGACAGGUCUAGAAAAGGAUUCCGAACCGCCUUCCGCGUGCACUUAUUGGCUGGCGUACCCGACUAUGUCACCCGGCUCCUGCCCAGCCCGUUCAAAGAGGCCUGUCGCCAGUACCUCCUUCCUGUACACUUGACGCUUCGAGCCGUCAAUCCGAUUGCAGCCAAAAUUGGGGGCGAUGCUGCUACAACGGUGAAUAACAGCACUCCUGAUUUUGGUUUUGGGGGCCAAAAGAGGCAGUUGGAAGAUGGAGACCAACCAGAGAGCAAAAAACUGGCUUCCCAGGGAGACUCCAUCAGUUCUCAGCUGGGCCCCAUCCAUCCUCCCCCCAGGACUUCAAUGACAGAAGAGUACAGGGUCCCUGACGGCAUGGUGGGACUAAUCAUUGGCAGAGGAGGCGAACAGAUUAACAAAAUACAGCAGGAUUCAGGCUGCAAAGUGCAGAUCUCUCCAGACAGUGGCGGUCUGCCCGAGCGCAGUGUGUCCUUGACAGGAGCCCCAGAAUCUGUCCAGAAGGCAAAGAUGAUGCUGGAUGACAUCGUCUCUCGGGGUCGUGGGGGCCCCCCAGGACAGUUCCAUGACAAUGCCAAUGGGGGCCAGAACGGCACGGUGCAGGAGAUCAUGAUCCCCGCAGGGAAGGCUGGCCUGGUCAUCGGCAAAGGCGGGGAGACGAUUAAGCAGCUGCAGGAACGAGCUGGAGUGAAGAUGAUUUUAAUCCAAGAUGGUUCCCAGAACACGAAUGUGGACAAACCACUCCGGAUCAUCGGAGAUCCUUACAAAGUGCAGCAAGCCUGCGAGAUGGUGAUGGACAUCCUUCGGGAGCGUGACCAGGGUGGCUUUGGGGACCGGAAUGAGUAUGGAUCUCGGAUCGGUGGGGGCAUCGAUGUGCCAGUGCCCCGGCAUUCUGUGGGCGUGGUCAUCGGCCGGAGUGGAGAGAUGAUCAAGAAGAUCCAGAACGAUGCUGGCGUGCGGAUCCAGUUUAAGCAAGAUGACGGGACGGGUCCCGAGAAGAUCGCUCACAUAAUGGGGCCCCCAGACCGGUGCGAGCACGCAGCACGGAUCAUCAAUGAUCUCCUCCAGAGCCUCAGGAGCGGUCCCCCAGGCCCUCCGGGGGGUCCUGGCAUGCCCCCAGGGGGCCGAGGUCGAGGAAGGGGCCAAGGCAACUGGGGGCCUCCAGGUGGGGAGAUGACCUUCUCCAUCCCCACUCACAAGUGCGGGCUGGUCAUCGGCAGAGGUGGCGAGAACGUGAAAGCCAUAAACCAGCAAACAGGCGCCUUCGUGGAGAUCUCUCGGCAGCUGCCACCCAAUGGGGACCCCAACUUCAAACUGUUCAUCAUCCGGGGUUCACCCCAGCAGAUUGACCAUGCCAAACAGCUCAUUGAGGAGAAGAUUGAGGGUCCCCUCUGCCCAGUAGGACCAGGCCCAGGGGGACCAGGCCCUGCCGGCCCCAUGGGGCCCUUCAACCCCGGGCCCUUCAAUCAGGGGCCACCCGGAGCUCCCCCUCAUGCCGGAGGCCCCCCUCCUCACCAGUACCCACCCCAGGGCUGGGGCAAUACCUACCCCCAGUGGCAACCGCCUGCUCCUCAUGACCCGAAUAAAGCUGCAGCUGCCGCCGCAGACCCCAACGCCGCCUGGGCCGCCUACUACUCACACUACUACCAGCAGCCCCCGGGCCCCGUGCCCGGCCCAGCGCCCGCUGACCUCAGUGCGCACCUCACAGGCCAGCAGCCCCAGCAGCCCGGAGCGCCCCCACAGCAGGACUACACGAAGGCCUGGGAGGAGUACUACAAGAAGCAGGCUCAAGUGGCCACCGGAGGGGGUCCGGGAGCACCCCCAGGCUCUCAGCCAGACUACAGCGCCGCCUGGGCUGAAUAUUACAGACAGCAAGCCGCUUACUACGGACAGACUCCAGGUCCUGGUGGCCCCCAGCCUCCACCCACACAGCAGGGACAGCAGCAGGCAAGUGGGAAUUGCCACCCUCCUCCUCCUCCUUUUUCCUUCCAACCCCCGGCUACCGUCCAUCCUGCCUUAGUGGGUAGCGCCGGAAAUCCCUUCCCCUGCGGGGUGUGUCCUUGAUGCCUGCAGCGGGGCCGUGUGGCCAGAGGUCUCCGGGAGUCCCCACGAGCCGGGGGAAGUGUGCGCUGGGUCCAGAGGUUAAACGAAGAGGCCUCCCUCCGCCGGCCUGCUUGUUCCUGUGUAACGCUGUCGUGACGCUGGGGGAGAGCUCGAAACAAAUAAAGGAGGAACUGUUGAACUGGUGGGUAGUCCUGGGGGGGAAGGCCGUCCGCUCAGACGUUGGUCGCCAUCCUGGCUGCUAACUCUCUCACUCAAAAUCUGGCCACUAGGGAAGAAAACGGAUAUUUUUUCUCCUGUCUACAUUACUUUUAAGGGUUUUGUUCUUUUUAUUCUUUUAUUUUUAAACCCACGAUCUUUCCCCGCGUGUCCACGUGACUGUGUGUGCUGCAAGUGGCCCGGUGCGGGCCGGCUGUGGCUCGGGCAGGGACGCAGGGAGCCUUCCGAGGGCCCGGCCCUCCCACUCCGCCUGGGCUUGGCCUCCUCUGCUCCGGCGUCCGCCUCCGUGUCCCGGUCUUGUCUGUGAAGUGGGCAUGACGAUCGCUGCCACCUUCCAACCUACCUCACAGGGGUGUUGUGGGGACACCGUGGUCUCUGAUUGUUGAUGUUGUGAUGCGCCGGAGCCGCCGCCUUUCUGGAGACAGAGGG